AUUUCUUUUUCUUUGUUCUCCAAAACCAAAAUCCCUUUCCUCUGGUUUUUACGUUCUCAGAAGAAAGUUACACUGAAAAUAUCAAUUAAUCGUCGAGAAGAAGAAGAAGAAGAAGAAUGGGAGAAGGUAGAGAAGGUGAUUGGGAGUGUAGCAGUUGCAACAACCGAAACUACGCUUUCCGAUCAUUCUGCAAUCGAUGCAAACAGCCACGUCUUCUUGUUGAUAACAAAACCCCCGCUGAUUCCAAAUGGCUCCCUCGUAUCGGCGAUUGGAUCUGCUCCGGUUGCACUAACAACAAUUAUGCAUCAAGAGAGAAGUGCAAGAAGUGUGGACAACCGAAGGAGGUAGCGGCCAUGCCAGCAAUUGCAAUGACUAGAGCAUCUUUCCCUGCAUAUCCACCCUACUUUUCUAGGGCUUCAGGAGGACCAGAACACAACAUGAAUAUUGGAUUGAUUGGAAACGGUGUGCCACCUCAGGCGCUGAAUUUGAAUACUAAUUGGCCUGUUACUGGAGCAGAAAAGUUUGGUCUCCAGCCCGUUCCACUAUGGCUACCAGGUACAAAUUAUAGUGCUGGACAUCCUUAUGUAAAUUCUAAUAGUCAGAACCCAUCUGUUCCAAAAGAAUGGCGCAGUGGGGACUGGGUCUGUAACUGUGGCUUCCAUAAUUACUCCUCUCGCUCACAGUGUAAAAAAUGCAACGCUUCUCCACCAGCGCCUGGCACAAAACGGUUAGCCUCUGAAGAAUUGGUUUAUGACUGGGAUAACAAGAGAUUGAAUGUAGGACCUACAAAUGACCAGCAGAAAACAUAUUCAAGUGUAGAGCAAGUAGUAGGGACCAGUGCAGAACCAAAAUUGGCACUUGUUCCGGCGUACGCGAGCAUUAACUCUAGUUCGGCACCAAGCUUUCCAAUGCCCCCGCUCUUUCCAAUUCCACCUCAAUUUUCCUCUACAGCACUCCUUGGAAAAGGAGCUAAGCAAUGGCGAAGUGGGGAUUGGAUGUGCACAAAUUGCAACAAUCAUAAUUAUGCUUCCAGACUAGAAUGUAACAGGUGUAAAACACUCAGAGCGGCGCCCAUGCAACCUGUCAAUGUUGUGUAAUGCUGAAUUCAUCAGUUGUAUCUUUGUUGCUUGCCCUAGUUUUGUUUUGAAUUUAUAGCAUGUACUUUGCCAGCAAAACGUUGAUUUUCACGACAGGCUCAUUAUAUUCACCAAAGACAUAAAUGGUCCGUGUUUAGGGGGCAGUGUAUUUUUUUCAGUUUCUGAAAGCUGUAUGCUUAUUAUAAAUACUAUGCAAUAUAGAUGAUUUUGGAAAGUUGUGAUUAUUCUGUUCA